AGAAACAGUUGUAAAGUAGAGUUUUCUUGAGGUGGUCAACAACGGUUCCAACAGUGCAAUUUUAUUCUAAGGAAAUUUUUUAAAGAAAUAUAUUCGCGAAAUGUUCCUUAAAAUGAGUGGGGGCCUUAUGGCAGUCUUUCUGCUUGUGUUCUUGGCAGUGAAUUUUGAAAGUGUUAAUUCAAUGAAAUUAAUAGAUUCCCGCAUGAUGUUAGGUAGUGUGCCUACAAAUACAACAAAGAACUACACGACUUAUAUGGCAUCCAUUAGAUUGAAAUCUGCAGAAGAGACACAAGGAUUUGGUUAUGGUUAUAUAUGCGAUGGUGUCAUUAUUUCAGAAAAUCUUAUAUUAACAACAACAAGUUGUCUUCUAACUAGCACCGAUGCUAAUGCAACGGUACGUGAUGUUAGUGAAUUUCUUGUUGUGGUCGGUAAUAUAUAUCGUUAUAACAACGAUUCUUCAACUCUAGAAUUUGACGUUAUUAAUCUUUCUACACAUGAUGAUUUUAAUUCCACUUCUUUGGAGAAUGAUAUUGCUAUUUUAAAAUUGAAUGCUAGUAUACCUUCGAACUGGGCUACAGCACAAACAAUUCCAUUGGGUACAGCCGAAGUUCCUGAGAGUACCCAAUGUGUGGUUACCAGCUGGCAAAGUCAAAUAGGACCGACAGUUCAAUUGAAAACGCAAAUUUCGUUGGAGUAUGUCAAUAUAAAAAAUAAUACGGGUUGUUUCAGUAGUGGAACGCCUGUUGCAAGCUUAGGCAAUGAUUUACCAGGAUCAAUGAUCUGUGCUGCUGCUGUUGAUGGUGAGGGGCUUUUGAGCAAUUGUGGUGGAGAUAGCGGUGCUCCAUUGGUUUGCGAUGAUGCACUUAUCGGUAUUGUGUCUUGGGGUAAUGGCUGCAAUUUUGUUGGACCGUUCCCUGGUGUAUACACCAAUGUAACAUACUUCAAUAGUUGGAUUCAAUACACAAGUUUAGAACUGAAUGGCGGUGGAAUUGAGGUCACAACCGAGCAUGGAGAUGGUGCUACAAGUGUUUUAAAUCAGUCCAAAUAUGGUGUGCUGAUAGUAAUGCUUUUAGCAUUAUUUAUGCGUAAUUAAAGAUACUUUUUGCAUUUAUUGCUAUACAAAGUACAAUAUUUAAUUUAAUUUUUUAUUCAUAAUAUAAACAAUAUUUAUUACUGAGUUUAGAAAAAAAUAU